CGGCGGAGAGGGCGCGGCGCGGGCGGCUCGGGGCUGGAUUCCGCCCGCGCUCGCUCGCUCGCUCGCUCGCCCGCCCGCUCGCCCGCUCGCACCCUCCCUCCUUCGCUCCCAGCCCCCUCCCACCGAGGCCCACCCCACCCACCACCCCUGGCGCAGGGACUGCUGGAACCUGGCGGCGCGCGCUGUCGUUUGCAGACAGACUCGGCGGGGCUGCGUCCCGAGCCUUAGGAACCGGCCUCGACUCCGGAGCGGGGGCUCGGGCCCGGCCGGGAGGCUGCAGCCGGAGCGGCGGGAGCGCCUGGCCGGAGGCCGGAGCCCCGAGCGGCCGAUGGAGCGCGGGCGGCGCGGCUGCGGGCGCGGGCGGCCCCGCGGGGCAGCCGCUUAGGCGCCGCCGCUCUUGUCCCCCCCAACAGGUCGCAGCCCGGGCGAGCGGGUGCUCCCAGCCCCGGCCCCCGGAGCGCCCGCGGCGGUCCCCGCCUCCAUGGACGCCUUCAAGGGAGGCAUGAGCCUGGAGAGGCUGCCGGAGGGGCUGCGGCCACCUCCCCCGCCGCCGCACGACAUGGGGCCCAGCUUCCACCUGGCCCGCGCCCCCGACCCCCGCGAGCCGCUGGAGAACUCCGCCAGCGAGUCCUCCGACACGGAUCUGCCAGACAAGGAGCGCGGCGGGGAAGCCAAGGGGCCCGAGGACGGUGGCGCGGGCGGCGCGGGCUGCGGUGGCGCCGAGGACCCGGCCAAGAAGAAGAAGCAGCGGCGGCAACGCACCCACUUCACCAGCCAGCAGUUGCAGGAGCUGGAGGCCACGUUCCAGAGGAACCGCUACCCCGACAUGAGCAUGAGAGAGGAGAUCGCGGUGUGGACCAACCUCACGGAGCCGCGAGUGCGGGUCUGGUUCAAGAACCGGCGAGCCAAGUGGCGCAAGCGGGAGCGGAACCAGCAGUUGGACCUGUGCAAGGGCGGCUACGUGCCGCAGUUCGGCGGCCUGGUGCAGCCUUACGAGGACGUUUACGCGGCCGGCUACUCCUACAACAACUGGGCGGCCAAGAGCUUGGCGCCGGCGCCGCUGUCCGCCAAGAGCUUCCCCUUCUUCAACUCCAUGAGCCCGCUGUCCUCCCAGUCCAUGUUCUCGGCCCCCAGCUCCAUCUCCUCCAUGACCAUGCCGUCCAGCAUGGGCCCGGGCGCCGUGCCCGGCAUGCCCAACUCGGGCCUCAACAACAUCAACAACCUCACCGGCUCCUCGCUCAACUCGGCCAUGUCACCGGGCGCCUGCCCCUACGGCACCCCCGCCUCGCCCUACAGCGUCUACCGGGACACGUGCAACUCGAGCCUGGCCAGCCUGCGGCUCAAGUCCAAGCAGCACUCGUCCUUCGGCUACGGCGGCCUGCAGGGCCCGGCCUCGGGCCUCAACGCCUGCCAGUACAACAGCUGACCGCCCCGCCGGGGUCCCCCGGGGGGGGGCGCCCGGGCCGGCGAGGCGCAGGGGGGAGCGCGUGGGGUGGGGUUGGGGGUGGGGGGGACGCGCGGACCUCGCCUCCGCGCGGGGGCCCCUGCCACCCCGCCCCGCCUCCAGGUCGGUCGGUCGGUUUCGCGUUUGCUUUUCCGGACCCCACUCUGU